AUGGCUAAUUUAUGCAAUAAGCGAGACGCUGCACGUACGGACCGGAACCACAGUUUCUUUGAAGGCGAUAACAACGCGAACAUAUCGAUGCUUUACGAAAUACUGAUGACCUACUUGAUGUACAACUUUGAUUUGGGAUAUGUCCAGGGCAUGUCUGACUUCCUUUCGCCGAUAAUGGUUGUUAUGCAAGACGAAGUGGAGAGUUUUUGGUCGUUCGUCCGAUUCUUACAGAAAACGCACAGGAAUUUCGAAAUGGACCAGAGCGCAAUCAAGCUUCAGCUUCACAAUCUGAAGGUGUUGCUAUGCUGCGUUGACCAUGAAUUGGGCUACUACUUAGAAGCCAAAGAAGCAGACAACAUGUUCUUCACGUUCCGUUGGCUGCUUGUACUUUUCAAGCGGGAGUUCAGUUUCGACGAUAUCAUGGCCCUGUGGGAGGUGCUGUGGACCGAUUUGCCUUGCGAAAACUUUCACCUCCUCAUAUGCGUGGCAAUCUUGGUUCAGCAAAAGAACAUGAUAACCGAGAAUGAGUUUGGUUUCACGGAAAUCCUCAAAUAUGUAAAUAAUUUGUCAAUGAACAUCGACGUGAACAAAACGCUGACCGUUGCUGAAGGCGUUUAUCAUCAACUGUUCAGUUCCCAAGACCAGCUACCUGCCGAGGUGUUAACUAUGUUGGGCUUCGUGAACGAGUCUACCAAACCCUCGUCUGUGCAAGCCGUGUGA